AUGGUGCUCGGCAGCCUAUUUCAAGCCUUUCAAAAUUUGUUCAAGCGUAAAGCUGCCACUAACGAUAUCACCUUUCCCCCAGAACCGACGCCCAAGCUCGAACACUUACUCCAAGGUGUCCCUGAAGACAUCGGCCUUUUCAUUCUGAAGCGCUUCGAUGCAGGCGCCUUCUCUCAAGAGCUCCUCAAGUCCGUCAUAGCUCCCCUCGCCUCUGACGAUAAGAAUGAGGACGGUCAAAUCGAGGAGGGCACCUAUGCUGGCACGCAGUUGGCUCUAACGGAGUAUUACGAUCGCAUUGAACAAUCUUACGCCUCAUGGUUCCAUACUUUAGGUAUUGAGCCUAUCAUUCCCCAGGUACUCACUUUGGAGCAAAAAGCUUCGCGGUAUCUAUGGUCAACCGAUAAUGAUUAUCCGCCACACCUGAAGUCGAUACCUUCAAAAGAUCGGCACUCCGAAUUGGAAAUCUUCGAUAAACUGGGGCUUGUGGAGACUGCGACGCUGCUACCCAAGAUAGUGCCUAAGAAAGGUUUCCUAGGAGCUUUUUCCACAUGGUUGUAUAAAGCUGCCAAUGACCAAAUCCAUGGUACGGCCUAUGAAGGGCUGACUAUUUCCGAUGUCGAAAAAGCAAAUAGAGACAACAAGAAGACCGGCACCGAUGUUAUGCGAGGCGACAACAUCGGAUUACUGCCGGAUUGGUGGUCCGAUGCCCGUUUUUCACAGCAGUACUUCACCGGAACUAAUCCUACGACAAUUGGUGUAGCGCCACUGCAAUGGACCAACGUUUUUAAAGCUGGCGCUACUAAGCAGGGUAGGAAGGAUGUAGUAGACAUCAUUGACAGCAGUGAUAAGCUCUACUAUCAGGAUUACAGCUAUCUACGCGAGGCCGUGGGAAUUGAAGAAGACGCAGAGUUCUUAUCUCAGGACAAGGACACCGAGACUCGCUAUGCUUGUGCCUCCGUGACUCUGUUCUCAUUGAGCGACGACGGCAAACUGCACCCGCUAGCAAUUAUCAUUGACUGGAAAGGUGACAUCGAUCGCUCAGUAGUUGUGUUCAACAAACGCCUACAACCAUCUAACCCAUACUACGCGAAGCCUUCCGAAGAUGAGAAAAACGAUUGGCCGUGGCGCUAUGCGAAGACUUGUGCUCAAGUGUCGGACGGGAUGUGGCAUGAGAUUUCAGUCCAUUUGACCCAUACCCAUCUGAUUGAGGAGGCUGUCAUAGUAGCUGCAAACCGUACUCUUCCGCCCGAUCAUCCUGUCUUCCGGAUUCUUGAGCCUCAUUGGUUCAGAACACUGUCACUCAAUGCCGCUGCUCGCAAUACGUUGGUGCCGAGCAUCAUACUCGAUCUCGUUGGAAUGACGCCCGUUCAAGCCAAAUCUCUCGUUAACUACGCCUACGAUACCUUCAACUUCACAGAAAAUUACGUGCCUGAGCAGCUCAAGAAUCGCGGCUUUGAGCCUGGCAAGCUCGACGAGCCCAAGUUGAGGAACUACGCCUACGGGCGGAACAUCGUCCAGAUCUGGGAUGCAAUCCACGUAUUCGUGACCUCUUUGGUCUCGCUUGACUACGCCGACGAACAGCAGGAAACAGGAGACAAGAAGGGCAAUCGCCAGUAUGUAUCCGAAGAUCAACAUAUCACCUCAUGGUGCGCAGAGCUCCAAGACAAAGAUAAGGGCCGUCUCCCGUCAUUUCCCACGAUCAAAACUCGAGCCCAAUUAAUCGACGCUCUCACCAUGUCCAUUCACAUUGCCUCACCCCAGCAUACAGCAGUAAACUACCUCCAGAACUUCUACCAAUCCUUUGUGAUCGCCAAACCACCCGCCCUGUAUACGCGCCUCCCCACCACCCUCACCGACCUUAACGCCAUCGACGAAAAAUACUUCGUUAAAACUCUCCCUAUCAGCCGUCAGCGCGAAUGGCUCCUGGCCGCCCAAGUCCCCUGGCUCCUGAGCUUCCGAGUUGCGCAGGAAUAUAAUCUCGUCACAUACGCGGCCAGCGUGUGGAAUAUUUACAAGAAAAAGGGGAAGGAGGACGAGGUUGCCAUCAAGCAGUCCGCACGCACGUUUUAUCAGGAGCUGAGGAGUUUGAUUGGGGAGUUUGCAAAGCAUUCGAAUGAGAUGGAUGAGGGGAGCGUGCCGUACGUGGUCAUGGAUCCCAAUGCUACUGCUGUUUCUAUCUUGAUUUGA